UGCCUUGGCUGAGCAAUAUAAUGUAAAGAAAUGGCAGAGAGUGGAAGUAAUGAGGACAGAAAACACGAGGAUAAAGGAAGAAGAGUUGCCAGGCCUCUUCAGGAGCCCCACAGCCCGGCUCUUGGCUUCUCCCCAGUCGGCGCCUCCUCCCUUGGGACCAAGAGGCAUCUCCCUCGAGGGAUUGUGAUCCAGCUGACUGGGACAGAGGGAGAAUGGGACAGUCUGGAUGACAGUGAGCUCAUUUUCUCCCUUGACCACGAUGACGACAACCCCUCUAUAUCUCUCCCCAAGGAGAGGCAGCUUUCUGUUGAGGAUGACAGAGGGUUGCAGUCCCAAGCUUUCCAUGUCCCUCUUUCUCCCUCGUCCCCGGGCUCUCUGGGCAACUGCUCCACCACUGGGCCCAGCUUCCUCUCACCAGGCCCUUCUUCACCCACCCACCGACCACUUGCGAGCCUGGUCAAGUCUCUCUCCACAGAGAUGGAGCUCAAAGAAGGCUCCACUCUCAGACCUAAGCCCCUUCUCAGCCUCGUAAAGUCGAUCUCCACGGAGAUUUCUCGCUCAGAGCCCGAGGUGUCGCAGUCAAAAUCAGACUCCCGCCUCAACCUCCACCUGUGGAAGCAGCUUACCCAACCAAAAGGCCGCAGCAAUGGGGACUCUCGCACUGCACCCCCUUCUCCUAGCGCACUCUCCCCUAGUGGAGAGGGUCUGAAAGGGGGCUUCUUCAAAAUGGAGUUAGAGGACACCAAGAGGAAGCUCUCGGAGGCUGUGCACGAGCCUCUGAGCAGCAUGUUCAGUAAGAUCAUGAGAGAGGAGAGCACAGGCAGCCCCAAAAACCAGGGUAAGACCCAAGGGGCUCAUCCUCUGGUAGGCUCCAGAGGUUUGGGGCGUGAAGGUAGCACAGACACAGUUCUUUCUGAGUCUCCUGUGAGGAACACUAGAAAAACAGAUGCUGAUGUUUUGCCUGUGUUUGACUGGCCGUCUGUUAGACAUCCUGAACGACGCCAACGUAGCCUCUGCCCCGUGCAUCACCACAGAACACAUCACAAGGAUGAGGAGCUGGAAAUAUGUACAGACGGUGACAUAAUGCAAGUAUUAGCCAUUGAGACUCGUGGGCAGGCGAGGAGAACACCUGCUGGACCUCAAGUCCUUGCAGCUUCCCUGGUUAGGACUUCUCCUCUUUCUCAGCGCCCUCAUCCUCUGCCACGUAUGAGUUUAUUCUGUGUGGCAGUGCUGUCCUAUGGCUAUUUCACCCUACCUCUCAGUCCAUACUUCUCUGGCCUGGCUCUGGGAUUAGCAUCGGGCUUCUUGCUAGGAUUGUUCCUCAUUAGGAUGGGUUCCUCUGGUUCUCCCUGCUCAGAUCCUCCAAACAGACCAGCACAGACUCUGUUGGGAGAGAGUAUUCUGACAGAUGGCACUGUGACCACUGAGCCUGACAUCCUGAAGGGCUGGAUGAAUGAGAUACAUGAUUAUGACCCAGAAAUCUACCACCCAGCUAUGACUCACUCCGUGUUUGCUACCCUGGAGGGCACCUGUCUCCGCCUGGACUCGCCGCGUACCAACAUUAGCCGGAGGGCCACAUACGAUGAGAGAGUUCUUGAGGCCACGUUUGUCAAGUCACGCUCCUUUCAGCUUGCAAAGAGCAAAGUAUUCCUGCUGCCAUCUUUGUUGGCUCGGAAGAGGGUGUGGAACCCAAAGUAUCCCAUCUGCAUCCAACUGGCAGGGAGCGCAAACUCUCUGGGGGAUGAGGGAGGAAGGUUUGAGGAGAGUCAGGAAGAGGAGCCAGCUGAACCGGGGAGUCCAGAACAAAGUUCCUCCAAACACGUCCCGCAGCUUCCCACCACUCUUUACCUCUUCGGCCGCACAGGACGAGAGAAAGAAGAGUGGUUUCGUCACUUCCUGUUUGCAUCCAUGGAUGCAGAGAAUGAACCGGAGAGGGACAGACAGAGGCCUGGCAGAUGUGUGUCCAGAUCUGGUGACCCUGCUCUGGCAGAGAACAUUAGCGCCUCAGGUAAUGUUCCAAACAGCAGAGUGGGCAGCAGAGUGGGCAGCAGCGACGACGAUGCCACCUCCACAACUCAGUUCCCCAGCAUCCCUGCUGCUCAUGUCAGUCAGACCUCCAGUAGCACCAGGGGCCUUUCACUGCUAGACUACCCCGGCUACAUGGCUCGUCUCCUGGCCACAGAGGAGUUGACCCCUCUCUCCAGUACUGGAGCCAGCAGCACAGAGACAAGCCCCACAAUAAAAAGAAAUGUACAGUGUACUUGUGAUCUAGCAGAGCACCCUGGGACGAGCCAGACUGCAUGGGCUAACGUUCUGAUUGGUCGAAUCUUCUGGGACUUCCUGCGAGAGAAGCACUGGGCCGAUGUGGUUUCCCAUAAGAUCCAGAAGAAACUGAGCAAAAUCAGGCUGCCUUACUUUAUGAAUGAGCUGACUCUGACUGAGUUGGAUAUGGGCUGCUCUAUGCCACAAAUAACUACUACCUCCAGACCAGAGGUCAACCACAGAGGACUGUGGGUGGAGCUGCAGCUGGUCUAUACUGGUGCCCUGCAGAUGACACUUCAGACUAAGUUCAACCUGUCCAAACUGGGUAAAGAGGGCGUCCAGGAUACAGACUGUACGACGGAAACUGGUAGCCCACGCUGCAGACCCAUCUUCAGCGUGUUGGCGGACAGCGAUGAGGAGUCCUCCAGUGCUGGUUCAUCUGAUGAGGAAGAGUUGCUUCUCUCUGAGCCUCAGGGACCAGUUGGGGAGAAGGGAUCCACAUCAGCUAAUGAUGGGACAGGGGGUGGAAAGACUGGGAGGAAGAUUUUGAGGUUUGUGGACAAAAUCGCUAAGUCCAAGUAUUUCCAGAAGGCGACGGAGAACGAGUUCAUUAAGAAGAAGUUUGAGGAGAUGUCCAACACGCCCCUGCUGCUCACUGUGGAGGUUCAAGAGCUGUCAGGGACUCUGGUCGUCAACAUCCCACCACCCCCUACAGACAGAAUAUGGUACAGCUUCUGUGUGCCUCCCAAGUUGGAUCUGCAUGUCCGUCCCAAACUAGGGGAGAGGGAGGUGACUUUUUGUCAUGUGACCGAGUGGAUUGAAAAGAAACUGCAGGAUGAGUUCCAGAAAGUGUUUGUACUUCCAAACAUGGAUGACAUCUACUUACCCCUGAUGCACUCUGGGGUGGACACCCCUCAAGCAUCGCAGCAUCUGCCCUCUCAGUCUCAGUCCCAGCAGUCCCAAAGCUCCUCCACAGAGUCCAUUGAAAGGAUCCCACCGAAGAUCUCUGGGGCAAAAAAUAACUAGUGCCUCCCUGUUGAUGAUCAAAGGAGAGAUGACCCUGCAAAAUGGAUUUAUUAUAAUUUUAUGUUCACAGUGAGAGACGGGGAAGAAGCAGAGGAUUGAGACUCACCAAGCACAACAUAAAGUGACAUUUGCCUCUAUAGACUUCAGUACCUCUUAGACAGGCUUACUAAUCUUUGCGUUUGUGUCUGAACCAAGAGUUUCUAAAGGUCUGAUGUUUAGCGCUGUACGUGUAGGUGUAAUGGAGAGUCUGUGGGUUUUUUGUACCAUUUAAAAGAGAAUAACUUAACAAAAGUUGCUGUAGGACAGAUUACUGCAAACAUUGACAAGUGAUACCUUUUGCAAAUGUUUACAUGUGAAUGAUCCUUAUGAGAAUGUCUGUGUGCGUGCGCGUGUGCGUGCGUGUGUGCGUGCAUGCGUGCGUGAGUGUAUUUAUAUAUACAUGUAUAAGCUGCUUUUGACGAUGAAAUUAUUAAA